GAAGAUGAACGAGCAAAGAUAGAAGGGAUAUUAGUCUCUACCGGGGCAAUUAACCGUACUCACCGCAAGGUGGGAAAAGAGAUCAUAAACUUGCUACCAAAUUUAAAGGUCAUUAGCACUCCAAGCACGGGUAUAAAUCACAUUGACGUACAAGCAGCCACAGAUCGUGGUAUUCGUGUAGGCCGAAGUCCUGGGCAUUUUCCAAGUGACGCUGUGGCCGAAUUUGCUUUCGGAUUGCUAUUGGCGUCUGCGAGGUCGAUUGUGCUGGCUAAUGAGAUCGCUAGAACGACUGUUUUCUCAUCAGGCCAAGUAAGUAAGCAAUAACUUUAACUGAAAGCGGUAUACGUUAUGGGGCGCCCAAUGUAAAAAUAUUAUUUAGGCAAUAUUUUUCUAAUUUUUGUGCUAUUUAGAACAUAGCAUAAGAGCUGUUUUGCGACUUGUAAAAAACGCUUUCCAAGACAUUUGCGAUGUUAAUCACAGAUAUCUAACUUUUAUGCAUCUCGAAUGUGCUGAGAAAGAAACACUCGUAAUAGAACAGACGCGUUUACGCUAAGUACUUCAAAAUGUAUGGUUUGUAGGGGUAAAAUAUUAAAGCUACAAGCGCUAGCGCGAUCCGCUCGAAGACGGUCCCGAAAAGUGGACGAAUGGUGGAUGAUACCUCAAGGGGGAGUAUUUUAGUGGGGAAAUAAAAGCAUAAUGUACAAAAAGGGGGAUUGCAAAGUUAUCUUCCGAUGUCUUUUAGAAGUUAGACUUUCAGUUCCAUUGAUUAAUUGACAGGGGUGCAUGUAGGAAUUGAUUUGGGAGUCUCCAGGGUUAAAAAAGAGAUCUGGACACUACUUCAACGGUUUUUGUUUUCAAAGUUCACUUUUUUCCCAUUUAAAUUUUCACGUGUUAUUAUAGUAUCAUAUUGCACGCUAUUCUUUAAUUUUUUAAAUUGUAACGUCUUAGCUUUACCUCUUCAUUAUAUGUAAGACCCUGAAAAAGGAAGGCCGUGCCUUCCGAAAUAUUGGUAAAUAUAUAUAUUUAAUAUUCCCGACUUUAAAAUCAGCCUUGCUUCUUUUGUUUUAUACCCUCUGAUUUAGUCAUAUUUACAGACGGUGCAUUUAUUGAUGCAGUGUUCUAUUUACUGUGUGAAUGGGAUACCAUUUGCCAAUAAAAGAUAUACGAAAAGAGUACCUUUUCUGUCAAAGAUGGUAUACAAAAGGGUGAGGGUUUGGACCUCGGGGCGAAGCCACCGCGUAUAAAAUUUUGUUGACCACUGGGGGUGUCUAACUUUGCCAACUCUUUGGCAUGAGCAUGAGCAUUGAACAUCGUGUAAAGAGAUUUAUCAGACAAUACUAGAGCGGUUUUCACUUGACUGUCGAAAGUAAUUGAGGAAUUGGUUUGGUUUUGGUUUUACUACGCCCUUUGGUUGGCUAGUGUAUUUACUUUGGUUUUGGUUUUACGACAGUCAAGUGAAAACCGCUUAAGAAACUGUUGCAAGAGUCAGACUUUGUCAUUUUAUGCUUGCCAUAUACUGAUCAAACCAAGCAUAUCAUUUCAUCUAAGGAACUUUGUCUUAUGAAACCCACAGCCACACUGAUUAAUGUGGGUCGUGGUGGAACUGUCAAUCAUGAUGACCUGACAGCUGCAUUACGGAAUGGAGUCAUCAGAGGAGCCGCACUGGAUGUAACAGAACCAGAUAAUCUUCCUGAAGACCAUCCUCUUUUUACGAUGCAAAAUGUGAUCAUCACCCCACAUAUCGCUACUUAUACAGAGUCCACAUUUUUUAAAAUGUUUACAACCGUUUUGGAUAAUUUGAAGGCUGGAAUUAAAGGCAAAGAUUUACCUUCUCCAGUAUAG